UAUUACCGGGCUCAUUGAACGAGGGACGACGAGCGCCAACACAAGCUACUUUGUAGUGGCUCACUCUACUUUCUUUACAAAUAUGGGAACCAUACCUGCUGCUCUCUAGUGUUACAAUUAUAUGUGACUGUUAGUUACUGUUCGAUACAAGUGAAGUCUCAUCGAAAACAGAAGUGUGUAAACUUAUUCUUGGUGGUGAUAAAGGUGUAUAUCGACCAACCGAGGCCUCUACACCUCUCUCUACUCAUCACUAGUUUAAGGUGUUUUUCUCCUACCUGUGACACACCACCACCACCAUGCCGAAGACGAAAACGACGAGCGUAAGGAUCACCACCAUGGACGCGGAGCUGGAGUUUGCCAUUAAGCAGUCGACAACAGGUAAACAACUCUUCGACCAGGUGGUUCGGACCAUCGGCCUUCGUGAGGUCUGGUACUUCGGCCUCCAGUUUGUCGACGCCAAGGGCUUCACCGCCUGGCUGGUCCUCACUAAAAAGGUUUUAAAACAAGUUGGUAACAAACAUGAAUCACCUUUGCAGUUCAAAUUUCGUGCCAAGUUUUAUCCUGAGGAUGUCAGUGAGGAAAUCAUCCAGGAGGUCACAUUGCGAAUGUUCUACUUGCAAGUGAAAAAUGCUAUCCUGAGUGAUGAAAUCUACUGCCCACCUGAUGCUGCUGUGCUUUUGUCCUCCUAUGCUGUACAAGCCAAGUAUGGGGAUUAUGUAGCUGAAUAUCACAAGAAAGGCUUCUUGGCCAAUGAUCGUCUUCUGCCUCAGCGAGUGAUGGAUCAGUUCAAGUUGAUGCGUGAUGCUUGGGAAGAGAAGAUUACAACCUGGUACAAGGAACACAGUGGUAUGAUGAGAGAUGAUGCCAUGAUGGAGUACAUGAAGCUGGCUCAGGACACAGAGAUGUAUGGUGUCAACUACUUUGAUAUUGCGAAUAAGAAGGGCACACCGCUUACCCUCGGUAUUGAUGCACUUGGGAUCAAUGUCUUUGAAAGAGAGGACAAAUUGACCCCGAAGAUUGGGUUUCCUUGGUCUGAGAUCCGCAACAUCACCUUCCAUAACCAAAAAUUUGUCAUUAAGCCCAUAGACAAGAAGUCCCCAGAUUUUAUUUUUGUGGCAUCCCAUGUGAAAGUGAACAAGACCAUUCUGCAGCUAUGUAUGGGUAACCAUGACCUGUAUGUUCGUCGUCGUAAGGCUGACUCAAUUGAUGUUCAGCAGAUGAAGAUUCAGGCUCGUGAAGAAAGAGAUGCCAAGAGACUUUCAGCAAAAAAGCUUGCUCGUGAGGUUUCCUUACGAGAAGAGGCAGAAAAGAGGCAGAGCGAAUAUGUAGAACGUCUUGAGGAGAUGCGUAAAGACAUGGAAAAUCGCCAAGCAGAAUUGAUUGAAGCUCAAGCCACAAUCCAUCACUUAGAAACUCAGCUUAGAGAGUUACAAGCUGCCAAGUCACAGUUGGAGGAAAAACAAAUGGAGCUGCAAACAAUGAUGGUGCGUUUAGAAGAGGUCAAGAAUAUGGAAGCAGGCGAAAAGGCAAGGCUUGAGGAAGAAAUACUUGCCAAGCAGGACGAGGUUCAACGUGUUCAAGAAAAGGUCAAUCUUAAAGAUGAAGAAACAAGAAGACUUCAGGCUGAGGUGGAAGAAGCAAGGCGUAAAGAGGAAGAGGCAACAUUGGCUCUUCUUAAUGCUUCCACAGUACGCAGAGUUUCUAAGCAGUCAUCUUCAUCCUCCGAGAAUGAAGAUGAAAGAAGCCAUAGAGAUUUCAGGAAAAUGGAAGAUAUGCCACAACAAAGUUCAUAUAAUGGAGAUAUAUUUGGUGAUGAUAGACGGAAGAGCUUGUCCAGCAACAACACUUCUAGAAGUGCAACCCCUAGUGCUUCCUUCCACACCAUGGAUACACUCAGUUUCGACUCAGAAAUACAUGAACCAAAACAAGACAAUGCUGAUGUUAAAAGGAUGAAAUUACUAGAGGAAGUAAAGAUGUCUUUGGCACCUGCACGUAAGACAGUGAUGUCUACCUUGGACAAGAUUUACAACAGGAACAUGCGUCAAGGUAAUACCAAGUACAAGACACUGCGGGAAGUACGCAAAGGAAACACAAAACGAAGGGUUGAUCAGUUUGAGAACUGGUAAAACAAUGCCUAAAUCUUUAGUUAGUACAACUUAGAAAAAUGUGGUAAUUUAUAUAGUCAUAACAAAAAACUAAUUACAAUGGACUAAACCUUUAUAUUAUUAUUGGUGACUAUAAUUUGAGAUAACAUCAGGAUCCAGAUUUUGAAUAUUUAUUUAUUUAUUUAUGUUAUUUUUGUUUUUUUGUGCUGGAUACUCAAUGAAAAAUACUGUCAUAAAAAAAUCAGUGAUCCCUUUUAAUUAUAAGUCCUGCAUGUAAAAAAGAUGGAAUGCAACUAUGAUGACGUUAAAACAAAAAAUGGUGUUGCUGUCUUACUCUCUUAUUCCUUGUAUCAGGUGACCAUAGUAUUAUGUCUUGCACAUCUUCCCAUUCAUAUAGCCUCAUCUGAAAAAAUAUAAAGCAUGCACAUACCUCCUAACAUCGGUAAACUAGUAUUUUCACCCUCAGUAAGGUGCAAGACUACAGUAUUUCCACACUAACCUGGCCCGUAAGCCACGCCCCUCUUCUAUACUAAUAGCUGAUUGGUUCAUAGAAAAUUCAAACUAAAUGUGUUUACAAUUGGUAA